AUGUGGUGUCUAAGCCUAUUUCUUUCUGAUUUAAGCUCUCAUGUUUGGAGGAAUGUUUUCCCUCAUGUUAGUACCAUUCUGGGCAACUCUCAUUGGGUGGUAGGUGCUGGUAACAUCAGCUUUAGCAUGGCUAACUGGGGUGCUGGUGCUUUUUCUGUGCAGAAUGUGGAUCUUAAGACUCCUUUUAGAGAAGUUAUUCAAUCUGCUGAUUUUUCUACCUUAGUUCUGCCUAGCUUAUCCACAGAGGCUCAAUCUAUUUUGCUUUCUGCAAUUGCUGCCGAAAUGGGGCAACUGCAAAAUGAGAUUGAAGAGCGCCGUAGAGUGCUAAACCUCUUUUUUAGGAGUGUGAGAACACUGGAUCCCACCUGGAAAGAAGCGCGCAUUCGCGCUGCCAGAGAGCGUAUCGAGGAUUUGGAGGGGAGGCAGCAAGCGCUGCGGGCAGAGCAGCAAGCACUCAUAGUGCAGGCUGUCACCCACGGGCACCGGGGAGACUAG